UUCAUAGAGGUAAGGAAAAUAGGAAGGAUCAACUGUUCAGGGAAAUGGGCAGUUUGUUUAUGGUCGGCCAUCUUGGUGUUGUUACCAUAGUAACUGGGAGAAUGUGCAGCUGGAACUGACCAGAAGGUAGCAACUGGUACUUGGUUUUCAUCCCCAUAUCCAAAACAGGACAAGGCGUUGGUCUUUCACUCGACAAAAAUAUAAACCAUGGCAAAAGAAAAGAAGAAGAAAGAUAAGAAGGAGAAGAAGAAGAAGAAGGGAUCCUCGCAGUCUAAGGACCCUCGCACUUAUUUUCCAGAAGCUCUAUUAGCUUAUCAAAUUCAGAUAAAAGAAGAAGUAAUUGAUGAGCUUCUGCGUGAGAUAAAGCAACUGGAAGUGAAAAAUGACAGAAACAAAGAAAGAAAUCAGCACCUGAAGGAAGAACAGAUUGGGCAUAUCCGGGCACUCUUCACCAGCCUGAAAGAACAGGAGAAGGAACUGGAAAAAAUUGAAAUCGUUACUCGGGACGAUGUAGAGAAAGCAAUGAAGGACAAAUGGCAAUAUGUUAAAGACCAAGAGAAGCUUAUUAAAGACAUGCGCUCCCAGAUACAUUAUAUUGAGCAGAAACUUCUACUGAAGCAGGCCGAGGUGGAUUAUUGGCUGGCAUACAAGAAUGUAGGGAGUUCUGAGCAUGCAAAACAGAUUGAGUCCCUGGAACAAGACAUCAAGAAGCUGAAAGAGGAUCUGGAGGAGAUGACAGAAUAUUUUAGAGUUGCUCUUGAAGAAACAAAGGAAAAAAUAGACAAAUACACUCUGAAACAAAUGGAACAAAAGAAGGAGUGGGCCACUGAGAAUGCCGUUAAGCACAUUGACAAGAUCAGCCGCCGAGAGAUCAAAGAAUACGAGUGGCUGAAAGAUGAGGUGGCAGCUUACCGAAAGGAAGUGAACGAUUUGGAAGCUUCUGUGCAUAAACUGGAGGAGGAGAACAUCUAUCUCAUCAACAAACUGUUUGAACGUAGACUACAGUUUCUCAAUGUGCCAAGAAAAUUAUUUCUUACCCAGGGAGCUGGCCUACAGGUUUCUGGAAAAGAUCUACCAAUGCUGGGACUUAGUGACUACGAAGGCGGACAAGCAGAAGAUGAUAACCUCACCUCAGCAUCUGAACUUGUCCUUACUGUGGAGGAGAAACAAAGCGAAGAAAGUAAGAAGAAUUUGGGAGAGGAGGAAAGCAAAGAUGAUGUAGUCUACCUGCGAGGACAUCCAGGCAAACCCUUUCUUCCCCCCAUCUUGUAUGAAGACACAAAUUAUUUCAAGGAAUACAAGGAUCUGGGACCUUUGGAGGUGAAGUUAAUGACUGUCGUGGGCCAAACCAUGCCAGUUCAUGAAGAUAUCAAAGAAAUGCCAAGCAAAACCCAACUUGAAGAGAAAUAUGAUCCUAGUAGGUCUGCCCACCACAUCACCUAUCGGAUGAUCAAAUCUGUAUUCCCUUAAUAAGAAACAAAAACACAAGAGUUCUUAGAAGAAGAAAAGGUUGUAGUUUGUAGAGACUCUCUUUGUUUGUGAUGUUUAUAGUUGAAUUACUUAAUAAAAAUAUUUAAACCAACUGUGUUGGCAAUGAU